AUGCUUUUUUUCUCCUUUUUCAAAACACUUGUGGAUCAAGAAAUAACUGUUGAUUUAAAGAGUGAUAUAAAGAUCACAGGCACUUUGAAGUCUGUUGAUCAAUAUCUCAAUUUGAAACUAGACAACAUACAGGUUGAUACUGAGAAAUACCCACAUUUCAUUGCAGUUAAGAACUUAUUCCUAAGGGGCACCAACAUUAGAUACAUCCAUAUCAACCCUGCAUGCGUUGACACGAAUCUCCUCCAAGAUGCAAGUAGAAGGGAAGCAAUGGCAAGUGCAGGUGAAAAAAUUGCAGGCAGAUAA